UCCAUUCAUUACCAAACCGCUAAAUCUUCCUCUCUCCCACUCAUUGUUUGUUGCAUUGCAAUUGCAACAUUUUCAUGCAUUCAAAAAUUCUCAAAAUUCCAUUCACAAACAAUCCAAUCACAUCACAACCCAUGUCCCAAUCAAUCCCAACAAUCACAAACCCCUCUUUCCUUCUAACUAACAUUCAAUUCCACAACUUCACCAAGAAACAAACUGAUUCUUCACCACUAUUAUUGUUUCUUAGCAUCUGAUUCCAUUUUCAACUUCUGGGUACCUUCAAAAUCCAAUCUUUAUUCUUUUCCCUCUUCUGGGUAGGUCUAACAUCAAUUUUCUCUAAAUUCCAACAAUUCAAGGUCUGUGAAAUGGUUAUGGUUUCUGCUUUCAUCUUCAUUGGGUUUCUUCUUGGUGUGGUUGUUGUUGUGGGUGUUGAAUUUCUUGGGCUCUUGUGGAUCCUUGAACGACUGCGUUGCAAGAUUGACAGUGAUAAAGCCAGAAUUUCAUCAAUAACCCGAAUUGGUAGUAGUAAUAGUUCACAAUUUGACGAUUCUCAAAAUUCUUUCAAAAAAGAGAUUGUUCAUGUGAUUGAUAUUGGAUUUCGGUUUGGCUUUGGCUUUCUUCAGGGUGUGAUUUGGGUUUUAGAACCAGAAAAGGUUUCAAAGUACUUGGUGGAAAGGUCAUCAAGAGAGGUGAAAAGGAAAAAAGAGCUUUUUGAGGUUUCUCCUGUUAAGAAGUAUGGUAAAAUCAAUUAUCAGUCACUUGUUCUCACUGAACCUGAUGGAUUGGAUACAACCAUUCAACUCAAGGGGUGCAUUGUUGAAGCUGUUUCUGCCACAAGCCUUCCUACAAAAAAAUGGGCAAAAAAGUUCCCUAUCAAAGUGGAAAACAAGACCUCUAUGAUAUACCAUGGAAGCAAAACUCUUUACAUAUAUGUCGAGACUUCAUCUGAGAAAGAGGCAUGGUGUAAGGCCCUUCGAAUGGCCUCAUGCAAUGAUAGAGAAAAACUCCAAUGGUUUUCCCAAUUUCAAGAAGAGUUUCGUAGUUAUCUGACAUUGUUAAAUACUGAAUAUCAUUCUUAUAUGAAACCGUCAGUAGGAACAAAUGUUGAGGCAAUAGAAAGGGCUACUAAGACGGAUGGCUCUUCCUCAAAGGUUCGUCAAUUUUUGAAAAAAAUUACAAGAAAAAGUUCUCGCGUUGGUUUGGAUAACAAAUCAGGUUGGACUACAUUGUCAGGCCGUGAAGAUAAAAAGAAAAUUGACAAGCUUCGUGCUUGUCAAGAUGCAGUUUUAGCCACUAGCUUAAUGAAAAGUGCUGCAGCAGCUAAUCAUUCGAAAAGUUCAAUAUCAGAUGAUGCUCUACUAUCAUCUUCAACAUUGUCUCAUUCAGGAAGCCAAAGUCAAUUUUCAACAUUGUCUCAUUCUGGAAGCCAAAGUCAAUUUUCUGUCUGUUCUGACACCGAUGAAAAGUUUGGUAUUGAUGAAGGAACAUUAUGUUGGAAUUUGUUGAUUUCUCGACUCUUUUUUGAUAUCAAAGGCAAUGAGGAAAUGAAGAAAUCUGUACAAGAAAGAAUUCAGAGGACGUUGUCCAACAUGAGAACUCCAGCUUAUGUCGGUGAAGUCGUCUGUACAGACAUCAACUUGGGGAAUGUUCCACCCUGUAUCAUUGGGAUGAGGGUUCUUCCGAUGGAAAUGAGUGAGGUAUGCGCCUUAGAGGUUGACAUUGAAUAUUCUGGAAGUGCAAUAUUAGAAAUUGAGACAAGGCUAGAAGUUUGUGAACUAGAGAAAGAGGGCUCAAAUCCCGAGUCGAGCAACGUUGGGUCUGUCCCAUCAGACAUUCUUCAAGAUUUUGGAUAUUUUGAUAAGCAAUUAGGUCUUGCCGAAGGAAUGAAUGAUUUGCAAGAGCCUAAAGAAGAUGGUGACCGGAAGCAAUUAGGUCUUGCAGAAGGAACGAGUGGUAAACAAUUAGACGUGCCAAAGAAGUUAAAGAGCAAUGCACCUUCUUCAAGAUGGAAAUCUAUGUUAAAUUCUGUUGCCAAGCAUGUUUCACAGGUUCCUAUCUCUUUAGCAAUAAGAGUAGCAUCCCUUAAAGGGACAUUGCGUUUUCUUAUAAAGCCACCACCCUCCGAUCAACUGUGGUACGGUUUCACGUUUAUGCCUGAUAUAGACUUCAACUUGGAAUCAUCUGUUGGAGAACACAAGAUAACUAAUACUCACAUUGCUAUGUUCCUAAUCAGUCGGCUCAAGGCAGCGAUUCGGGACACGCUAGUGCUCCCGAAUAGUGAAAACAUAAGCAUUCAAUGGAUGCUAGCAGAAAAGGAUGAUUGGGUUCCUCGGAGUGUUGCUCCAUUUAUAUGGAUCCACCCAGAAUCUGGGAAUGAAACUUCAAAUUCAAUUGAUACGGUUGGGAAAGCUCACCCAACAGAUACCAGUAAUGAAGCUAGUGCAAGGACCUCAACUGAUGGUCCAGACCUGAAACAACAUAGAUUCAGGAAAAGCGAUGCUAGGAAAUCAGAUUCUCUGACACUUUCAUCGAUAUCUUCUCUUUCAGCAGCAUUAAGGAAUAGCAAAAGUUUGGAAGAAUUUACAAACCCUUUAUUAGAAAGUGGCCAACAAGAAGAAACUAGUGACUUGAAAGAUCUUUGUACGCCUUUAUUAGAAAGUGGCCCCGGUGAAGCUAGUGAAGAGAAGAUGGAUGAUGUUUCUGUUUGCAGUUCACCUUCGAAUAGUGUGGUGCUGGAUAGGUCAAUCAGUCCGAGUUCGAGUUCGAGUCAACAGGAUGAUUCAAAGCCGAAGAAAAUCGGUAGAAGGGAAAGGAUGUUUGAUUUGCGAAGGAAAAUGAGCGAGAAAUUUGAAGAAAAAAAGCGUAACAUCGAAGAAAAAGGUCGACACAUUGUUGAAAAGAUGAGAGCUUCUGAGAAAUGAAAAACAACAAAGUAAAUUGUUAGUGACUUUCUUGUCAUUCAGAGAUUGGUAUCAUUCAUAAAUAAGAGAUUGGUAUCAAAUGUUGUUUCAUUGAUGAGUUGUAUAUUUUCUAGGGGCUUAGAAGAUAAAAUGGAAUUACGCAUAUAGUUAAAAAAAAGUUACUUGUAUUGCUUGCUACUGGAGUUCCAAAAUUCUCUGACUUGGUUCUCUUGGCACAUUACAAUAGCCAUAUAUGAUAGAUGAUUCAUUUCAUUGUUUGAAUACCAAAUAAUCUUGUGACACAGAAAUGAUAUACAAAUCCAUGUAUAGCUGAUCUUGUUUUAUGAGUAUUUUUUUUCUUUCA